AUGUCGGGGUUUCUGAAGUCGUCUGGUGGCUUGGUGACGCACUCGAUGUUGUUUUCGCAGAGUUUGGAGAAGUUGAAGGCGAAGGGGUUGCUGCCGCGCCAGUUUGACGUGGGGUUGUUGGCGCCGGACGGGACGGAGUUGGUCUUGUCGUACUCGAUAGAGCAGUCGGUGGUGGAGUUUUUGUCGAGGAAUUUGCUGCAGCUGUCGAAUCAUUUCGAGCCGGAGGUGAUCACGUACGGACUGGUGAGUGAGGAGGCGGACGAGGUGUUGAAGACGAAGGAUUACUUGAUAAGCUCGAGGUAUGUGAGGGGCUGCCUCAAGGAGAAGCGGAUGCCCAGGUUUAAGGGGACGAGGCAGGCGAUGUACGACUCGUUGCAGUACAAGAGACAGAGUGAGUUGAAGGUUUGCGGCGUGUUGGGGGCGGAGGGUGGGGCGAGCCGGCAGAGGGAGGCGUUUGCGGUGCGGUUUGCGGUGCAGGGGAGGGAGGUGGUGGUGGAGAAGGUGCUGAGGGAGCACUCGAUAUUGAAGGUGAAGUGCGAGGCGGCGGCGGCGGCGAACACGGAGGCGUUCAACGCGGGGACGUUGCAGAAGUACAUUUUGAAGGUGCCGGGGGCGCAGUUCAUUACGGACGAGUCUGGGGAGGUGGGGUCGUUGCCGUACGUGAGGAAUUGCCUGAUAAGGAGUCGGGUGCCGGUGUUCGCGGUAUUGGACAAGACGUCGAAGGAGGUGAGGGGGAUAAAGAAGAACAAUUUGGAGAUUGGGUCGUUGUUGGGUCGUCCGAUAUCGUGGUUGCAGCAGGACGGGGAGGUGACGUCGUUUUGCCAGAGCAUGGCGCUGUUUCGGUACGAGCACUACGCGCAGCGAGCGAGGGCGUCGGGGGGGGAGGUGGCGUCGAGGAGCGGGUUGACGGUGCACACGGGGGAGUUCAUAGCGCCGGAGAACGGGGCGAAGACGCUGAUCAACUUGAGUUUGGAGUUGUUGCAGAUGAGGAAGACGAUAGCGGCGGACGAGAAGGACACGGCGGACGAGAUAAUAGAGCGCUGCGUGCAGAGGUAUUACAUAAACACGGGGAAGACGGUGAGGGGGGCGGGGGAGUUUUUGCUGAAGGCGAGUGGGUUGGCGGAGUACAUUUACGGGAGCACGCUGUUUCACUGCUUUGACUACGUGCGCGAGUGCAUAGUGAAGAAGAGGGCGUCGAGGAACGAGGAGGAGGCGUUUGAGACGGAGCACCAGUUGUCGUUGAUAGAGGACCCGAAGACGGAUUACUGCCACGAGGAGGUGAGCGUGAUGAGGAGGGAGUUGGGGGAGUUGAGGUGCAUGUCGGUGUGGGACGUGGAGAGGGAGUUUAGGUUUCGGGUGAUAGGGGUGGAGAACAUUUCGCACACGUCGAACGAGUUUGUGUUGGCGUACGGGUCGUUAGGCGGGGCGUCGAGCAGGGCGCUGGGGUCGUUGGACGAGGUGCCGGCGUACUUGUACGUGACGGCGGAGUUGUGCCACGGGGAGGAGGUGAUAGACGUGCCGUGGAGGUCGGGGGUGGUGCCGGCGUCGGCGAAUCCGAGGUGGUACGAGUGGGCGGAGUUUUCGAUAAGGGUGAGGGACUUGCCGAGGGCGGUGAAGGUGUGCGUGACGUUGUGGGUGUCGAAGAGGGCGCAGCCGUCGGGGGUGGACGUGCCGUUGGCGUGGGUGAAUUGGUUGUUGUUCAAUUACAGUCACGAGUUGGAGACGGGGAUGAAGACGUACAACAUGUGGUUGGGGGGGAGGGCGAAUCCGAUAGGGGCGUGCGUGGAGAACGGGGAGGCGAAUCCGAUGAUGUUGUACGUGGAGUUGGAGGAGUACCAGUUGCCGGUGGUGUUUCCGUCGUCGUACGAGGGGGGGGAGGGGGCGGGGGGGGAGAGGCCGGUGAUGAGGCCGUGGGAGGAGAGUCGGUUGAACAGGGUGGUGGAGUCGGACCCGCUGAGCAAGUUGUCGAUGGAGGACAAGCACAUGUUGUGGAAGUACAGGGAGCAUUGCAAGAAGAUGCCGAGGGCGUUGCCGAAGUUUUUGGCGUCGGUGCCGAUGUACGACGGUGGGUGCGUGAGGGAGAUGCACAGGUUGCUGGGGGAGUGGGCGAGGAUGGAGCCGAUAGACGCGUUGGCGUUGUUGGACGCGAAGUACGGGGACGUGAGGGUGAGGGAGUACGGGGUGAGCAGGUUGAUGGAGUUGGUGAACGAGGAGUUGUUCGAUUACAUGUUGCAGUUGGUGCAGGUGGUGAGUUACGAGCCGUACCACGACACGGUGUUGGCGAGGAUGUUGUUGAGGUUGGCGUUGGACAACCAGUUCAUAGGGUUUCACUUUUUUUGGUACUUGAAGAGUCAGUUGCACGUGAGGGAGACGUUCGUGAAGUACUGUUUGUUGUUGGAGGUGUACUUGCAGGGGAUAGAGUCGAGUCGAGUGUUGUUGUCGAGGCAGAGCGAGAUGGUGCAGAGGUUGGUGGGGAUUUCGAACGCGAUCAAGACGUUGAAGGACAGCGAGAGGCUGGGGCUGUUGAGGGAGGAGUUGUCGAAGAUAAGUUUUCCGCCGGAGGGGGUGUGCAUUCCGCUGAAUCCGCGGGUGAUCGUGAAGGGGUUUUGCAUUGAGAAGUGCCGGUACAUGGAUUCGAAGAAGUUGCCGCUGUGGCUGGUGUACACGAACGGGGACGUGAAGGGGGAGGAGCAGCACGUGAUUUUCAAGAGCGGGGACGAUUUGAGGCAGGACAUGUUGAUUUUGCAGAUGAUUCGGAUAAUGGAUCAGUUGUGGAAGAAGGCGGGGUACGACUUCAAGAUGAAUCCGUACCGGUGCAUUGCGACGGGGAACGGGGUGGGGAUGAUAGAGGUGGUGCUGAAUUCGACGACGACAGCGUCGAUAACGAGGACGGCGGGCGGGGCGACGGCGGCGUUUCGAGAGGACCCGAUAGCGAAUUGGAUUCGGGAGUACAACCCGACGGAGGCGGGGUACCGGGCGGCGGUGGAGAACUUCAUUUUGAGUUGCGCGGGGUACUGCGUGGCGACGUACGUGUUGGGGAUAGGGGACCGGCACAACGACAACAUUAUGAUUACGAAGGACGGGAAGUUGUUUCACAUAGACUACGGUCACUUUUUGGGGAAUUUCAAGAAGAAGUUUGGGGUGAAGCGAGAGAGGGCGCCGUUCGUGUUCACGCCGGACUUUGCGUACGUGAUGGGUGGGAAGGACGGGAAGAAUUUCGCGAGGUUUUUGGAGUUGUGUCAGAGGGCGUACAAUUUGUUGAGGAGGCAUUCGGGGAUAUUCAUCAACAUGUUUUCGAUGAUGGUGUCGACGGGGAUACCGGAGUUGCAGACGACGGAGGACAUACAGUAUUUGCGGGACGCGUUUUCGCUGGACCUGAGCGACGAGCAGGCGGCGGCGAAGUUCACGCAGUUGAUAUACGAGAGCAUGCACACGCGGACGACGAGGAUCAACAACGCGAUACACAUUUUGGCGCACUGA